GACAACUAACGUUAAUCAUAUCGUACGUUAUGAUUUCUCGGCCUAGACGGUGGUCUCCGACGCCGGAGCAGCUGAUGGUGUUGCAGGAAUUGUACCGGAAAGGGUUGAGGAAUCCGAAUUCGGCUCAGGUGAGGACCAUCACCGCCCACCUCUCGUUGUACGGAAAGAUUGAGGGGAAGAACGUGUUUUAUUGGUUCCAGAAUCAUAAGGCUAGAGAUAGGCAGAAACUUCGGAAAGCUCUUCUUAAGCAAAUGCACCACCGCCACUUGCCGUUUCCAGGACGCCAGGAUCCCCCGCCACCGCCUUCCGCCGCCGUGACUCCAAAUUACCAUCCCCAAUCGUUGCCUGAUUCCGCCUCUUCCCAGCGCCACUCCCUCUUUAGUAACCCCAAUACAUUCCUUCAUCAGGGCGGGGAUGAAGAGGGAAGUGAUAUGGAGAAUUGGAUGAUGAUGAGAAUGUAUGGUCGUGAUUGGAUGUUGAUGACGACGGCGACGGGGGGAAUGCAGCUGCCAACUACUUUUCCAUGUUACGUGGACACAACGCCCAAAACCCUAGAGCUCUUCCCUCUCAAGUCAACCAACAUGAAGGACGACCAAAGCAGCAGCAACGACGACAGUUGCUAAAGCCGUUACAUUUUGCCCUUUAUUUGGAGCAUUUUUCCUUCUUAGUUUCGAUGCUUUUAAGGUUUUCAUAAUGUAAACAUGUGUGUAGGUAGCUGCUGUAUGAGAUGUGUGUUAAGUUAGUUAGUUAGUAGUAUGAGUGUUGAGAUUCACAAUGCAAUGCAAUAUGGUGUAUCAAUCGAGUAAAGCAAUGGGCGUUGGAAAAAUACAUAACCUCAACUAUUGCUUGCUUUGUAGCAACUGAUGGUGGUCGUUAUUAUUGUCAUUUAA